UUCCAUAUUCCCCAAACCCACAAUCUCACUCAGCCGUCACUAGCCACCUUUCAAAAUGCUCCGUUCACUUCUCCGAUCACUCUCCACCACCACCGCCUCAAAACCAUUACUCCCCGCCGCCGCCAUCACCGCCGCAAACUCUCACCUCACACAUUCCAGAACCUUCGCUACUAAAAAAACAAAAUCAAAAUCCUCACCACAAUCAUCCAAAAGCGACAAAAAAUCUCAACAACCGAAGUCAAAAUCCAAAUCAAAAUCGGAAGACAUAACCGCUGCAUCUUCCGUUGAUGACGUCACUCUUGACUUCAUCUCAGAUGAUAAAAAUCGGAAACGGUUACUUGAUGAAGAUGAAAGUGAUAAAUCACUUGACAUUGGACCUAACGGCCGUCCGUUAUUUACUAACGCCGUUAACUUGUCUCAACUUAAUCGAAAAGAUGCUUGUAGUUAUAUCAAUUUUAGUAGGAAAAAACUGGAGGAAAUGCUGCCAGAGAGAUGGCCAGCGGGAAUGGUGAAGGAGUUUGAUGAGUCGAUGAGAGAAGCAUUGCUUGUUCGACACAGUUUCUUGGAUUUACGAGAUAACUUUAGGCGCCUUGUAGAUCCACCUUUGCAAUCUAGUAAUAACAAAGGUUUGAACCCUCAGAAGCAAAUAGUACUGGAUGGUCCUGUAAGCUGCGGAAAGAGUAUUGCUCUUGCAAUGCUUGUUCAGUGGGCUCGUGAAGAAGGUUGGCUUGUACUGUAUGUCCCAGAAGGUCGAAGUUGGACUCAUGGAGGACUUUUCUACAAGAACCCUGAAAACGGUUUGUGGGAUACCCCAGUACAGGCUGCCGACAUCUUGCAGGAUUUUGUGAAGUACAAUGAAUCAUCCCUAAUGAAGCUAUCUUGUAACAUACUUGAUCCUAUACCACUUGGUGAAGGUGCCGGUGUAGGGAGGACAAAGGACAACACAGAUUUUAUCGAUAUGCCUGAAGGUUCAACAUUAUAUGAUUUGGUUCAGCUGGGUAUUACUAACACAUAUGCUUCUGUUGGAGUGGUAGUUCGUUUGAGAGAAGAGUUGUCACUAGUUAAAGAUAUACCUGUUCUUUUUGCAGUUGACCAAUAUAAUAGUUGGUUCACAUUCACGGAAUUUGAGGAGCCAGUGACCGAACGCUCUUUCAGGCCUAUCCAUGCUAAAGAAGUUGCCACGGUAAAUGCUUUUAGGUCUAUGAUGCAUGACAACAUGAUGGUUGGUGCUUUCUCUCAUUCAACUGCGGUUGGCAAGCUAAGGAAAGACUUGCCAGAUGUUCCGGCAAAUGCUCGUGUGAUGUUUCCUCGCUACACUCUAGAAGAAGCUGCUGUUGUGUCUCACUAUUACCUGAGGCAAAGACUAGUGCGACGUGAAGCAUUUUCAGAUGAGGGAUGGAAGAAAUUAUAUUAUCUUGCAAAUGGAAAUGGAUCAGAAAUGAGAUGGUUGCUUCCCUUCAUGAGGUGAUCGGAGAGCCAACGGAGGUUUCGUACAUGUUAGCUUUGCUUGCAAGGAAGCACAUACAUCAUGGAGUUAUAUCCCAUUGCUUUUGUUCUUCUCUGGAACUGAAACGUAGUCGGCUAGAAUAUGAAGAAAAUAACACCGCCUUUUGGGUUUUCUGAAAUGGCCAAGAAAGUUUAUCUUGAGCACUAUUUUGUGUUCAUAUAGUAGGCUAAAGUAGACAGCAUAUGGCAAGAUUAGAUUGAAUCCGAAUGUCGCUCCCGGAGUUUCCAUGUUUUUGUUGGUGUUGUAUUUAGGAAAAGAGACGAGAUAGGCCAUUUGGUUUUAAUUGCAAACACAUGUUAUACUUACAUGUAUUUAAAACUCUUUUUGGCUUCA